AUGGAGUCAGCAAGUUUAGAGAGUCGGGAGGUACAGACCGCCCUUCACCAGCAGGGGGCGGCCAUCGACCAACAUUCGUCGUUAUUGUCUGCUGCUGCCAGAGAUUUCAGCAUCCUGUCUGAGCAACUGAAAGAGCUCAGCAAUCGCUUGGACCAAGUGACUCCUCGCCAUGAAGCCUCAACCUCAUCCGGAGGAGCCGCUUCAUUUGAACAGGAGCCACACACGGCUACACCCCCCACCUACAAUGGAUUGACACUUAAAGGUCCCUCAGGUCCUCUAGUUGUUCCUCUGGGAGGUUCAGUGGUUCUGCCCUGUUCUGUUGAUUCACUCUUACCACUGAAGGAUCUGGAGGUGGAUUGGAAAAGAACGGACACACAGACUCUCAUUCAUCUGUAUCAAGAUGAAGAUAUCAGACCAGAGGCUCAAAAUCAGUAUUAUCAUGAUAGAGCUCAUUUCUUCACUGAAGACAUUAAACAUGGAAACUUCUCCCUACUGUUGAACAAUCUGACAGCUGAAGAUGAGGGACAAUACACAUGUAAAGUUUACUCUGGACAAGAGUCUGGAGAAACUGUGGUGGAAAUUAAACAUGUUGAGCGUUUUAUAGUGUCAGGAUCUAGUCCCUCCAUAUCUGCAUAUGUGGGUGAGGACGUAACACUGAGCUGCUCUGUGAACUCUCACAUCAAACCUGAAGAGAUUGAAGAGGUUUCAUGGAAGAAAAUAAAUAAAGAUGAAGAAAUCCUGGUUCUGCUCUAUGAAAACAAUAAAACUCUAUCAGAAUCAUCAGAUGAGCGAUACAGAGACAGAGUUGAGUUCUUCGCUGAUGAAAUCCACAGAGGAAACUUCUCUCUCAGACUGAAGAGAAUCAGAACUGAAGAUAAAGGAGUUUACAUCUGUCAAGUGUUUGCUGGACAACUUUCAGCAAACACAACUGUAAUACUGGAUAGACUGGGUUUCUCUGGUUUACACAUAUUGGUGUUGAUUCUGUGCAUUGCUGCAUGUGGAUCUGCUCUUCUGUUCUGGACUCUCAUCUACUGUAUAUCAAACAACACAGAGUUUGUUGUGAAUCAUUCUAGUCGGACAUGUCAUGAUCUGGGAAAGUCUGUGGAUCUGCCCUGUUUCAUUGAUCCACGUUUACUGAAUGAUAGUCUUAAGGUGGAAUGGAGAAGAUCAGACGCGGAGACUCUUGUUCAUCUGUAUCAAGAUGAAGAUAUUAGACCGGAGGCUCAGCAUCAAGAUUAUCAUGAUAGAGCUCAUUUCUUCACUGAAGACAUUAAACAUGGAAACUUUUCACUCAAGUUGAAGGAUCUGAGAGAAGAAGAUAAAGGAGUCUAUACAUGUACAGUUUACAGUGGACAGAGAUCUGUGUUUUCCAUCAGCACAAAACUGAUACUUGGGAUAUUUGUGAAUCUUUCAUUUGCUCCUCUGGGAGAUUCAGUGGUUCUGCCCUGUUCCAUUAGUCCUGAGUUAUUAAAGAAAAAGCUGAAGGUGGAAUGGAGAAGAUCAGAUUCAGAGACUCUUGUCCAUCUGUAUGAAGAUGGAGACAUUAGACCAAAGGCUCAGCAUCAGGAUUAUCAUAAAAGAGCUAAUUUCUUCAAAGAGAAGAUUAAAAAUGGAGACUUCUCUCUCCAGUUGAAGAAAGUGAGAGCUGAAGAUAAAGGAGAAUACACAUGUAAAGUUUACUGUGAGGACGAUUCACCACUUUCACUCAACAACACUUUAAAACUGGGGUUUUGUGUGGAUUGCACUGUGGUUUCUCAGGGAGGUUCAGUGCUUUUGCCCUGUUCCACUAAUCUACGUUUCAUAACUGAUAGUAUUAAGGCAGAAUGGAGAAGAUCAGACUCACAGACUCUCAUUCAUCUGUAUCAAGAUGGAGAUAUCAAACCAGAGGCUCAACAUCCGGAUUAUCAUGAUAGAGCUCAUUUCUUCACUGAAGACAUUAAACAUGGAAACUUAUCACUCCGACUGGACCACAUAAGGACUGAAGAUGAGGGACAAUACACAUGUGAAGUUUACAGAGGGCAGAAUUCUGUGUUUUCUGGCAACACAAGUUUGACACUCAGACUACUACGCGGGUUUCGAAACCGGGUCAACCACGCGGUGGCCUAA